AUGGCAGCCUUGGCAAAAAAGAAUAAGAAGGGAAAGACUAUCUCUCUAACAGACUUUCUGGCUGAGGAUGGAGGGACUGGUGGAGGAACCACCUAUGUCCCCAAACCAGUAAGCUGGGCUGAUGAAACAGAUGACCUGGAAGGAGAUGUUUCAACCACUUGGCACAGUAAUGACGACAAUGUGUAUAGGGCACCUCCAAUUGACCGAUCCAUCCUUCCCACUCCUCCACGGUCUGCUCAGGAACCCAAUAUCAACCGGAGCCGUCUACCCAAAUCUCCACCCUACACUGCUUUCCUAGGAAACCUGCCCUAUGACGUAACGGAAGACUCUAUUAAGGAAUUCUUUAGAGGAUUAAAUAUCAGUGCAGUGCGUUUGCCACGUGAACCUAGCAAUCCAGGGAGGUUGAAAGGUUUUGGUUAUGCUGAGUUUGAGGACCUGGAUUCCCUGCUCAGUGGCCUCAGUCUCAAUGAAGAGUCUCUAGGUAACAGGAGAAUUCGAGUGGAUGUUGCUGAUCAAGCACAGGAUAAAGACAGAGAUGAUCGUUCUUUUGGGCAAGAUAGAAAUCGAGAUUCUGACAAAACAGACACAGACUGGAGGGCCCGUUCUGCCACAGACAGCUUUGAUGACUGCCCGCCUAGAAGAGGUGAUAACAGCUUUGGAGACAAGUAUCGAGAUCGUUAUGAUUCAGACCGAUAUCGGGAUGGGUAUCGGGAUGGCCCACGCCGGGAUAUGGAUAGAUAUGGGGGCCGGGAUGGCUAUGAUGACCGAGGCAGCAGAGAUUAUGAUAGAGGCUACGAUUCCAGAAUAGGCAGUGGGAGAAGAGCCUUUGGGAGUGGGUACCGUAGAGAUGAUGACUACAGAGGAGGAGGAGACCGCUAUGACAGACGGGUCGGUCGGCCCUGGGGCUCCAGAGACGAUUACUCCCGGGACGAUUACAGGCACGAUGACAGAGGUCCCCCCCCCCCCCAAAGACCCAAACUGAACCUAAAGCCUCGGAGCACUCCUAAGGAAGAUGACUCCUCUGCUAGCACCUCCCAGUCCAGUCGAGCAGCUUCUAUCUUUGGAGGGGCAAAGCCUGUUGACACAGCGGCUAGAGAAAGAGAAGUGGAGGAACGGCUACAGAAGGAGCAGGAGAAAUUGCAGCGUCAGCUGGAUGAGCCAAAACUAGAACGAUGGCCUCCGGAGAGACACCCAAGCGGGCGAAGUGAAGAAACUCAGGAACGGGAAAGGUCAAGGACAGGAAGUGAAUCAUCACAGACGAGGACCUCAGCCCCAUCUGGCAGAAAUGCCCAAAGGAGAGAGAGUGAGAAGUCUCUAGAAAAUGAAACACUCAAUAAGGAGGAAGACUGUCACUCUCCAACUUCUAAGCCUCCCAAACCUGAUCAGCCUCUAAAGGUAAUGCCAGCCCUUCCACCUAAGGAGAAUGCAUGGGUGAAGCGAAGUUCUAACCAUCCUGCUCGAUCUCAGAGCUCAGACACAGAGCAGCAAUCCCCUACAAGUGGUGGGAGGAAAGUAGUUCCAGCUCAGCCUUCUGAGGAAGGACUGGCAAGGACAGAUGAAAAUAAAAUAGAUGGGAUGAGGGUCCAAAAAGGCCAAACUGGGAACUCCAGCCGUGGUCCAGGAGUUGGAGGGAACAAAGACGAUUGGAAGGAGUCAGAUAGGAAAGAUGGCAAAAAGGAUCAAGACUCUAGAUCUACACCUGAGCCAAAGAAACCUGAGGAAAAUCCAUCCUCCAAGUUCAGUUCUGCAAGCAAGUAUGCUGCUCUCUCCAUGAAUGGUGAAGAUGAAAAUGAAGGAGAAGACUACGCUGACUAGACCUCAACAUCCGGUGCUUUCUCCUUGUCUUUCUCCACCCUGGGAACAUUCGAGAGCAAAUCAAACCUCUAUCCAGACAAGGCAAAAUAAAACUUACCAUCUUCUGGAGACCUUUCUUAACUUUUUUUU